ACCACGUCAGCGUCAUCACCCCUCCUGUCCUGUCCCCCGCGCGCUCUCUCUCUCCUCUCUCUCCCCGUUUCGGAUCCGGCGAGAGACCAGUCCAGCCCAGCCCAGAGCCAAGCCCAAGCCCGCACGCCGAUGGCGACCGACGCCGACGAGGCCCCGCUGCUCGCCGACGAGCCCCUGCGCCCGGGAUCCUGCAGCCGGGAGCUCGAGCUGCGGGAGUUCCGCGACCGCUACGUCUUCCGCUCGCUCGACGGCGGCGGCGCCUUCGCUGUCGCCCGCGCCGACGGCUCCCUCCACCCCCUCUCCCCAGAGGAAGCCGCUGCCGGGAGCGACUGUAAGGUCUCCAAGAUAUACGGAGUGGCCGGUAUGAUCAGGUUGCUCGCCGAGCUGGCAUCAAGCAAACAUUGUGUCUCAGAUUUGUCUAGAUACAUCCGUUUCUGGACAAAUCUAAGACAACUAAUUUGGGACGGAGGAAGCUACGUACUUGUCAUCACUUCUCGCAAGGAUGCUGGCUCUUAUGGGGCUUCCACAGUUUACCAUGCAAAUUCGAUGAAAUUCUUGUGCUGCAACGAGGCUAUAAAGCAUUUAACUUCAGAGGAAAAACGAGAUGAGGCAUACUUCAUGUCUCUCUUGAGAAUUGCAGAAACUACUUGCGGACUUUAUUAUUCGUACGACAGGGAUUUGACAUUAAACUUGCAGAGGGCAUCAAAGCUGGCUGCGGGGAGGGUACAUAAGCCGCUAUGGAAGCAGGCUGAUCCCCGGUUUGUUUGGAACAGGAAUUUGUUAGAGGAGCUUAUUGAAACUAAGGUAAUCCUAUUUGAAGAGAAUACGAACGUUUUUCUGAUUUUCCUUUUCAGAUUACUUACCUAUUUUUAUACGUUGUUGCAGCUUGAUGAGUUCAUUACCCCACUGAUCCAAGGAAGUUUUCAGACAGAGCAAUUUACCUUGAAGGAUAGACUAGUCAGAAUAACUUUAUUCUCUCGGAGAUGCAACAGGCGUUUAGGGACAAGAAUGUGGAGAAGGGGUGCAAAUCUUGAAGGUGCCACCGCCAAUUUUGUCGAGACAGAACAGCUGGUUGAGUAUGAAGGUUUAACGUCCUCAUUUAUACAGGUUCGGGGCUCUAUUCCACUUCUCUGGGAGCAGAUAGUGGAUUUAAGCUACAAACCACGACCCAGCAUUAUUGAACAUGAAGAAAUGACGAAGGUUGUUGAACGCCACUUUCACGAUCUUUCACAAAGAUAUGGAGAUACAAUGGUUAUUGAUCUGACCGAUAAAGCCGUACAGCAGAGACAGAUGACAGUUUGUCCGACCUUUUUUUUAUUGCAGCAAGGUGAUGAAGGAAAUUUAAGCAAUGCAUUUGCUGCUGAAAUGCAGAACUUUCCUGAUAUCAGGUAUGUGCACUUUGAUUUCCAUCAUAUUUGUGGCGGAGGGAACUUUGAUAACUUGCAAGUUCUCUAUGAUGAAAUUGAGGAAGCUAUUCAGAAACAAGGAUAUUUCCUUAUGAACUCUAAAGGAGAGAUAUUGUUGGACCAAAGUGGCGUCGUUAGGUCCAACUGCAUAGAUUGCCUGGACCGCACAAAUGUGACACAGAGUUUCCUUGCAAGAAAAUCUUUGGACUCACAGCUGCAGCGAAUGGGGGCAUUAUCAUCAGCUGAAAGUAUCUCUCAAUCUGAUAUCAUUAACGAUAAAUUUAAAAAAUUGUGGGUUGAGCAUGGUGAUGAGCUAAGCCUUGAAUAUGCUGGUUCUUAUGCCUUAAAGGGAGACCUUGUGAGGUAUGGAAGGCAGACAUUGCCUGGAUUGAUUAAAGAUGGCAUGAGCGCUCUUUCCCGGUAUUAUUUGAACAAUUUUCAUGAUGGAGUGCGACAAGAUGCUCUAGAUCUUAUCAGUGGUUACUACACGGUCAGCAAAAGCAGUUCUUCUCCUUUUCAAAUCAUUGGAUUUGAAUCUGCACCAAAAGUAUCUUCCUGUGGCGUCGGCAAUCAUAGUUGGUGGGAUCACUGUCACAACUUUCACUCUUAGUCAAGUUGGACGGAGCGCACAACACCUCAUCUCGUCCAUCAUCUUCGCUGGCUUGACAGCCGGAGUGGUAGCCUUGGUGAAAGCGAAUGGGAAGCAGCUCUGCUCUAGACCCCGCUUAUGUGGUCUGAUCUAGUUUGCGGCCCCUUUUCUCUUGUCCAGUUCUCAGAGCUUUGUUGUUGGAAUCUGAAGGGAUAUGAAGUGUUGAUAGCAAGCUACGUGUCCGCUGUCAGCGUAGAUAGAUUAAACAAGGGAAAGGUUGGCUUGCUGGUCCGGUAAAUCUGAAGUUAAUUUUGUAACACCUGGUUAGAUUGUCUGGUUUCCUGGUAAAUAGUGGAUUGUGCAGUCAGAGACACACCGUCUUGUAGUACUUACUGUAAACUAAGGUUAAACUGUAACACUGGAUUCUACCGCACAGUUUCUGUAUCUUAAACUUGUGAAAUUGCUUGCACGGAA